AUGUCGAAGCGACCAGAGGCGCAACUGCAGCCUUUCCUAACACACAACGGGAACAACGUCGACGGGACGACUCAAGAGCGAAAAGAGACACAGAAAUGGCGGCAGAGCUUGUAUCUGUUCAUACUACUGGGACUUGCAGUACUCUGUAUCAACACUGCCUUCCUAGUGUGGGCACUGCGUACCAAAGGUGCGACGAACGGUGUUGGCAUACUCUACGAAGCGACAUGUGAUUACACCAAGAAGGUUAACAUUGGCGUACAUUUGCUCAUCAACAUUUUGAGCACCGCAAUUCUAGGUGCGAGUAAUUAUUGCAUGCAAUGUCUUUCAGCUCCCACCCGAUCCGAAGUCGAAGAUGCACAUCGAAAAGGAAACUGGCUCGACGUCGGCAUACCCAGCAUGGGAAACAUCAUGUCUUCCAGUUUUGGGGCGCGCAAGAAGGUUUGCUGGUGGAUACUGGGUCUUUCUUCGUUUCCAUUGCAUCUCUGCUACAACUCGGUAGUCUUCAUGUCCACCUCCGCCCAGACAUACGGGGUCAUCGAAUUCGGCCCUGAGACAAAGGCUGCGAUAGAGAAUGGGACCUUUAACGGCACAAUGAACACUACCAGUGCAGGCGGUUAUAUCAGCAACCCGUACAUCAACGGCCAACUGUACGCAGAGGCUUUCAAAGCCGGCCGGCUUGAGAACCUUACGCUGCGCGAAUGCAUCGAUGCUUACAGUGCCACUUUCCAGUCAGCCAGAGGCAAUGUUUUCCUCGUCAUUGACGAAGGUGUUAUGGGACCCGACGAGAUUUACGGCGCAUUCAACUACAUUGAACGCACGGGUACUUGCUCGGCAGACACAGGCACGUCAUGGAUCUACAGACAGUUUGAAGGGGAAGCCGGUUCGUGUUUCCAGCAGCAAGCGGGUCGCUUCCUGCCUCGGCUCCAGGAAGAUCCGUCAAUGUGGGCACCGUUUGCUGGUCACCGCGUGCGAAGUUGCCUCAGCGAGGCCACGGGGCCGACAUGCAAGUUGAGCUUCAGUGUUCACCUGAUGCUGAUAGUCAUUGCGUUUAAUGUGGUGAAGAUAGCUGCUAUUCUUACCGGUCUCUUCACUCUUCGCAACGACCCGAUGUUAACGGUUGGAGAUGCGGUGGCAUCGUUUCUUCGCGAGCCAGACACGAUAGCCCACAACAUGUGUCUUGUAUCUCAGCAAGACAUUCAUACUGCGAGAAAGGCGUGGCCAGCACAGCAGCAACCGAGAACAUUCACAAUGAAAUCGGGCAGAUGGUCUUCAGCAGUCAAGAGAGGAAAGCGAUGGACCGUUCGUCUGGCCCUAUUCACAGGCAUUAGCGUACUCAUCUUCCUCUUCUUCUACGCCUACAUCUCAAUCCGAGGCGACAACAGUCUCCGCAGCAUCCUCGGCAUCGGCCUCGGCAACGUCGAUCCACGCACCAUCGUGCAAGACGGCACCGCCUCGUCCGGCCUCCUCGGCGUCUUCUCAAACGUCUUUGUAGCAAACAGUCCCCAAGUAAUCAUCUCCCUCAUCUACUUCUCCUACAACGCAGCUAUCACGUCGAUGCUCCUUGGAGACGAGUGGUCCGCCUUCUUCAACCGCUACAAGCCACUUCGCGUUUCGACGAGUCGGCGCGGACACCAGCGCAGUACGUAUUUCCUGCAGCUUCCGUAUCGUUAUGCGUUGCCGCUCUUGGGUUUCUCGACGCUACUGCACUGGCUGGCGUCGCAAAGCUUGUUUGUGGUCUCGGUAGAGUUGUAUAAUAUGUAUGGUGAGCAUAAGGAUUUCAUAUCUCUCUCGUUUUCGCCACUAGGCAUCCUGCUUUCCUUUGUUGUCGCUGUUGUUUUGGCGAUUGGCAUGUUCAUUUUGGGUAGGAAGAAGCUGAGUCCUGCUCCAUUGGUGGGGUCUUGCAGUGCGGCGAUCGCCGCAUCUUGUUUUGCAAGGCCGUAUGAAGUUGCUCCCUGGGAGAAGGAACUCAAGUGGGGUGCGUUCAUGUUGCAUGGCGAUGAACAGUAUUUUGGUAUGCCGCACUGCGGUCUCUCGAGUAUCGAGGUUUCGCAACCUAUCUCUGGACAGCAGUACGCCUAG